UAACUUCAUAUGCCCUUUUUUCCUCCUGUUCUGGCAGGACAAUUUGAGGGAUUAUUAAAAUCCUCUGGCCGCAGUUCCUGUAACUCUUACAGCUCCUACUUCGGGGCAGUGUCUUUUCCGCAUAGUGGUGGUUAGAUGGCUGUUAGUCCCCUUGGCCAGUGCGAUUCAAAUGGUAAAACCGGUUUUGGGAGAGAGUAGUUAGUAGAACUGUUUAAAAGUGUGCUGUUCCUAUAACUACCUUCCUGUAACUACUUGGUCAGAAAGAGGCUUAUGCCGUCUGUUUAAGCAAAACAUUGACUACUUAGAAUUACUUGAGUAGCCUACGUGAAUUACUACGACAAGGAACGGAAUGAACUCUGAAAAGUGGACUGAUGCGGAGGUGCAGGCGCUGCUGGCCCUGUACGCCACUGAGGAGUUGCAGAGGGACCUGGAAGGAUCCACAAGAAACAUUAAAAUCUUCGGGAAAAUCUCCAUUGAGCUAGCGCAAAUGGGGGUUUACCACACGGUCAAGCAAUGCAGAGAGAAGGUGAAGAAGCUCAAACAAGACUACAAGAAGAUAAAGGACCACAACAACCAGAUCGGUGCAAAUCUUAAAACGAGCAAGUGGUACGCCACACUGGACGGUAUUCUUGGCCACCGUCCAACAUACUCUGGAAACGCCGCUACGAAGGACUCCGCCACCGGGUUCUUGGAGACAAUCGUCGGCUCCGAAAGCACUCCAUCGUCAGAUGAGAAGAUUCAAGAUUCCACUUCUACAAGUAACGACACAAGCGCUGGUUGUAAGCAUUCAACCACCUCUACCUCCGGGGAUGUUCGAUCGGACACGCCUAGUUCUCCGGCACCGACAACCUCCAGCAGCAACAUGACGCUGCAGCGUCUAGUAAUAGAUUCCACCACUGUGACUAACAUUCCUGUAAACUACAACAUCACCUUCAUCCCCUGCCCUCCACCAGCCCAAACACCUUGCCCCACACAGGACUCACAAGACCCAGAUUUCUACUCCAUUAAAGUAGAAGAUAUUGGCAUCCCGUACAAGAGUACAACAGUGACCCUCUCCGCACUGGAAAUGUCUGGCAAAGAUAGGCCCUUGCGCUUCUGGUCAAGUGAAGAGGUCCAAGCACUGCUGACACUUUGGGCAAAUCCCGCUGUUCAAGAAGAGCUUCUCCUCAACAUGAGGAAUAAUAGAGUUUACACUGGCCUAAGUACUAAGCUAGCGUCGCUUGGAUUCAACAAGACACCACAGAAGUGCAGGGAGAAAAUCAAAAAACUGAAGCAGGAGUACAAGAGAAUCAAAAACAGUCCGCACAACAGCACCAAUAGAAGUGUAUGGUUUGCCAUCAUGGAUGACGUCCUCAGUUCCAGGGCUGCAGCAAGAUGUUCAGAAACAACCGAGCCCUCACUGGUCAGUCAGUCACAGUCUGCCCUGGAUGUAGAUACCAAUGAUGACACCCAGUGGUUGCCUGAUGAAGUCCAGGUUCUGAUGACCCUGUGGGCACAACCAAACAUUCAGAAACAGCUUCUCAACACAGAAACAAACAAUCAGGUAUUUGUGUACCUCAGUAGCGAACUCACAUUUGUUGGGUUCAACAAGACACCAGAUCAGUGCCGUCUUAAAGUGAAUAACCUUAAGGAGGAGUACAGGAGAAUCAAGGAAUUGGAACCAUACAGGGACGUUCAAAACGACUGGUUUGCUAUUUUGGAUGGUGUCCUUGGCCCUGGUGGGGAGACUUCAACAGAGGCGGAUUCAUCUGCUGCGCUGACACAACCGAAUUCCCCAGAAGACGAGCAUGUGAAUGAUACGUCGCGGGCUGUUUGGACAUCAGAUGAAAUCAAAGUGCUGCUCACCCGAUGGGCAGAGGAGAGCAUCCAGGAGCAGCUUAGAUCAUCUCAGAGAAACAAGAGAGUGUUCGCUCAGCUGAGCUCCGAGCUCGCCACUCAGGGCUUCGACAAAACCACCAGCCAAUGCAGGUCCAAAAUAAAACUGCUGAAACGAAAGUACAGAAAGACUAAGGAACCGAAGGAAUCUAAAAGGCAGAAAGGCAGAUGGUUUGCCAUCAUGGAUAAAGUCCUUGGUCGUAAACCGGUGUCUGAGAUUGAACAAGAAGCUGAAGUCAUGGAUUCAGCCCCUACAUGUCUACAGACAUCACCGCAAGACCAUUCUGAAAGAAUGGAAGACUUAGGUUGCCACCUGUCCGUCUCCUCAUUGUGUCUCCUGGUUCCAACCCUGCGUCUGAUGUGUGCAUUUGCCUGGCAAGUGAUCCAGUGUUGUAAUGUCCUACAUUAUGGAAAGGUGGAGGAGCUGGUGAGGCUGGUGACAGAGCUGGCUCCAGAGUUGCUGACGUCCAGAGAGAGAGUGCAACUCCUGCUCAGACUAAGGGCAAGGAUGGUGUUGGACUUGUGUCGCAGUGAGAGCACAGCUAACCUCCUGUACAUCCAGCCUCACCUGACGGUCAUUCAAAACCUCACAACGGGCUCCACUUGUGAUCAGGAGGAAUUGGAAAAUUCUAAGUCAAACUUUGUGGAAGUUGUUCAUACCCUGCUCGAGGACACGGAGAAGAGAAAUAUGUUUUUCAAGGAGGUCUUCCACGUCCACUAUGGCCAGCAGUAUGAGGCCACAUUGCACACAUUAGUAUGGAAAUUCAUCUCAAGAUUGGAUAAUCUUUUACCUAUACCAGAUAUCAAACAGACUGCUGAGUGGCUUAGCACUGCCCCCUCUGUCAUGGAAGAAUGUGGCCAGCUGCUAUUUGAACCAGAGCAGCUCAAGGUGCUACUGCACUUCCACCAGCAACAGUCAGGAAGCACAAACAAAAGCUACUCUCAAACUCAGAAUAUGUUUUUGCCGAGGCUUUCUCUUCCUCACAAACCAAGCCCGAGGCAACUCGCCUCAGAGCAACAGGCAUCGUCUACAGGCGACACAGAUGAUGGAGAGUCUGAUUAUGGAGAGGAAAACCAAAGCGAUGAUGAACUGGAUCUGGAGGACCGUAGCGAAGGAGAUGAAGUCCUGAAGUUGAAAGAAGAACAAAGCGAUGACCUAACGGCAGCAAACUGCUCAAAUUUAAACAAUCAUCGGCCUUCAGGACUGCACACCUGCUCUUUGUGUCCCUACUCCGACAGCCAAGUGUCAGGUCUCCUGCAGCACAUCAGAAAGGCACAUCUGAGUCAGGAACCCAGCCGACUGCAGUCUAAAAAACCUAACACAGCCAAUGCCCUUCAGAAAGUUGACACUGAAACAUGCACUCUUGAGACACGACCCUUCCACUGCGACAAGUGUGAGAAGAAGUACUCCUCGAGGGCGUCUCUGAAUGUGCACCGCCGGAGUCACACAGGCGAGACGCCAUAUUUGUGUUCGCACUGUGGCCGGGGCUUCACAACUUCAAAUGGCCUUGAUUUUCACGUUCGCAUACAUACAGGAGACCGGCGCUAUAAAUGUCCCAUUUGUGGGAAGACUUCAAUCCAGCACAUGAUGAGACACAUGCGGAUGCACAGAGGGGAAAAGAACUUUCUGUGUACAGAAUGUGGGAAAGCUUUUCUCACCUCUGGGGAGUUAAAGCUACACAUGAGGUCUCACACGGGCGAGCGCCCGUACACGUGCAAAGACUGCGGGAGAGGUUUCAUAGCAAAGUGCCUAUUGACGGUUCAUAUGCGCUGUCAUACAGGAGAGAGUCCUUAUAGGUGUUCAGUUUGUCCCAAAUCCUUUAAGACUUCGAGAAUGCGGAAAAGGCACAUGAUGAUCCACUCAAACAACAAGUCCUUCCAGUGUUUAAAGUGCGGUAAAAUCUUCAGGCAUGAAGACACUUUUAAAAUGCAUGUUCAGACACACGAUUAAAAGUAGUAGCUGGUGUUUUUAUGCAACACUUAAAAUAUUUGUCAUUCUGGUUUAAACAGUGCAACUUUCAGUUUGGCAAAUAUAUAUUUAGAUAUUCCCAUAUCAUCUGUUAGCCAGUAUUGACCAUGCAUAUACAGUAUAUCAUUAAGGCUCUAGAAUUCCUUUCUAAUGUUCAUUUGCUGCAUAAAAGAUUUUGUGUAUGUAUGUAUGUAUGUAUGCAAUACAUCAACUACCAAUUAUACAGUAUUGUGGCCACAGAGAACACAGCUCUGUUUGUGUUACUUUCACAUAGAUGCACAAUUCUAACAUUGUAGACUCAUUACUCAUUUCAGCUAAUCCUUUUGGCCUAGGUUUCUCCUACUCCUAGUACUACCUGAUUCUAGAAUGAUAGAAAUGCAGUUAAAUCUAAGUACAAGCAGUUGGUGGUGCUGCCCCAAUGGGGCACGGGAUGCCAAGGAUUGGGCAUAACACUGCUACAGCAUAGCAGGUGAUCUUAUUUACAUAAAUUACAAAUUAUUUCACAACCACAGAAUUAUGUCAUUUACCCUUUUUGCCUAAACAUAUAUCAACAGUCGGGACUGUUGUUUCACUGUUACCAUCAUACUCUGUACGGUAUUUACUCCUCACUGCCAAUGAGCUCUUAUGGUGUCACUUCUAGGUUGAAACAGGAGGCAGUAGACAGAAAAUUGCCUCUGGUUUGCCCCCCCCUUCGGACUGGGUCUUAUAGAGCCAGCCACACUGACUCAGAAAGCAUGCCCAUUGUGAGCUCAUUGGGUAAGUCUGCUGUUGUUGACAUCCAUAUGACUACAUGGGAUUGUUGAGGGUGCUUAGUCAUUAAGUCAUUUGCUGUAAUGACUUGACCCUGUUUGAAAAGGAGCAUAGCUAAAUGGAGCUCAAUGAAUAGAAGAACAUAUGGGACAAUGUAGUGCUGGGAAUGUGAGAAGCAGACAUGACAUGGAAAACAAAGGACUGUUAGAAUUGUAUGUUGUGAAGUAUACAUGAAGAAAUACCUUAAAAUGAAAAUUAAAUUAAAUCUGCAUUAACUUUUUAAACCCAGGCUGCAAACACUACACCUUUAAGUUGCUAUAAAGAAUGUUUCUCUUUCAUAGUUCACAUUAUAGUCAACGGCCUAUUAAAGACCACUGCACUGCCAAACCGCUUUAUAACCUCCCAUCUGUUUCUCAUCCACCUAACAGAAUUAAGACUCCCCGAACUCCACAUUCAACACAAUACAGUCACUGCCCCAUCAAACAAAAUACUGUCUACUCAGCAAUUUCCAGAUGUGUCACCAACCUCAUAUUUAAUGAAAGAGCAAUUAACAACUCAGCAGUCUGACAAGAUCUACCAUCUGUCCUCAGUUCUGAAUUAUGAUGUAAUUUCUCAGCAAAAAUGUAACAACUUGGGAUGUAUCAUCAACCGCAUUAGCGGGUCAGCUGACACUAAACUUAAUAAUUUGGAGACUUUACAAGCCCCCAGUGACAUUUACACCAGCGUUACCUUGGCUUUUCAAGUGGCCAACUUGAGACACACUGUAUUAUAAAGCCCGUAUUUGCAUUAGUUUCCAAAAGCCUCUUCAUCUACAAUGCCACCUCCACAAUAUUAUUUUUGAAGUAUCGAACAUCAAAAA